GGAGAAGUAGAAGGAAUGACGGAGGAGGAGAAGGAGCCACCCCCUCCAGCUGUUAGGACUCCCUUGUCCCGGGCCGGCCGGGCGCUCCAGGGCUCGCAGUCCUACCGGGGAGGAGCCCCAGGAGGCCGUCCCGAGGAGGAGCCCCGGGCUUGGCUCCUCUCCGAGGGCGGCUACAAAACCUCGGGAACUUCCAGCCGCGGCUCAGAAGUUGCCCAGCUCGCCCGAGGCUCUGCAGAAGCGCUCGCCAUGGGAGACCCGGUCCUGGGCUGGGCGCUGGAAACCUGGGCGCUCGUCCUGCUGUUCCUGACCCUGCUGAUGCUUUAUGGGAUCUGGCCAUAUAAUUUCUUUAAGAAGUUGGGAAUUCCUGGGCCAAGACCCCUGCCUUUUAUCGGAACUUUCCAUAAAUACCGGCAUGGUAUUUUGAAGUUCGACCAAACCUGCUUUGAGAAAUACGGCAAGAUCUGGGGAAUAUUUGAUGGCCGGCAACCUGUGAUGGGCAUUUUGGAUCCCGCCCUCAUUAAAACCAUCCUGGUCAAAGAAUUCUAUACUUAUUUCACCAAUCGCCGGGACUUUGGGCUGAAUGGAAAUCUGGACACCGCCAUGACCGUCGUUGUGGAUGAGCAGUGGAAGAGGAUUCGCAGUGCCUUGUCUCCCACAUUCACCAGUGGGAGGCUGAAGGAGAUGAUGCCCAUCAUCAACCAUUACAAUGAAAUCUUGGAGAAGAACAUUCAGAAGAAAGUGGAGAAUGAUGAAACCAUAGAUAUGAAGCUGAUCUUUUCAGCCUACAGUUUGGAUGUGGUAACCAGCACCUCAUUCAGUGUCAACAUUGAUUCCCUCAACCAUCCCGACGAUCCCAUGGUGGUGCACAUGAAGAAGUUCCUCAGAUUUAGCUUCCUCAGCCCUGUUUUAAUCUUGGCUGUCCUUUUCCCAUUCGUUACCCCGUUGCUGGAUAAACUCAACUUUACCAUCUUCCCAAAGUCUUCCAUCGACUUCUUCUUCGGGGUCUUGAAGAAAAUCAAAGAAGAUCGUCAAAAGAAGGACCACACGAACCGAGUCGAUUUUCUUCAGCUCAUGAUGGAUGCACAAGCAGCAGCUAACUCCUCUAAGGACCCAAAUGCAGAGAAAGCUUUAACAGACAAAGAGAUUUUGGCCCAGUCCAUUUUUUUUAUUUUCGGUGGCUAUGAGACCAUCGGGACUUCCCUCAGCUUCAUGUCUUAUUGCCUGGCGGUGCAUCCCGAUGUCCAAGAGAAAUUGUACCAAGAGAUCAAUGAAACCUUUCCUAAUAGGGCCCCUCCCACCUAUGACGCCCUCCAUCAAAUGGAAUAUCUCGAUAUGGUGGUGAAUGAAACUUUCCGCCUUUACCCUCCGGGGACACGGCUUGAGAGAAUUUGCAAGAAGACAGUGGAAGUCCAUGGAGUGACCAUCCCAAAGGGAACCGUGGUUUUGAUUCCCGCUUACGUCCUACACCGGAUCCCCGAAUAUUGGCCUGAACCCGAAGAGUACAGGCCUGAAAGGUUUAGCAAAGAGAACAAAGAGAGCUUGGAGCCCUAUGCAUUCCUCCCUUUCGGGGCGGGUCCCAGGAACUGCAUCGCUAUGCGUUUCGCCCUCCUGGUGCUGAAAAUGGGCCUGGUGGUCGCGCUGCAAAGAUUUCGCUUCGAAACCUGCAAAGAAACCCCGAUCCCCAUGGAGCUGGACGACAGAGGAUUUCUCAAGACGAAGAAGCCCAUCAUGUUGAAGUUGGUGCCCAGAGUCGUUGUGAAAGAUGGGGAGUAGUCAUUCUGGAGUCUGCAAAGAGGCAGUGGUGUUCUUCCUUUGUUCCUUCGUCCCUCCCUCCUCCCUCCCUUUCUCCCUUCCUCUCUCCCCCUCCAUCUUCCUCCCUUCCUUCCUGUUGGGCCUUCAUGUCACAUAACAGCAGCAAUCUGAAUCUAUAGAAUCAAAUGCCCAUCUAGACAUUUUCCCACGCUGUUUUCAAGGAAGGUUGGGCAUGCCAGUUAAUCUUGGGAUCCCAACUGUCUUCUCUUUUAAAAUAAUAAUAAUAAACCUGAUUAUUCAAUACACACAUCACUUCAUUUGGAGUGACUCAUGCCACAAGCAUCCAAGGGGCCCUGUUGUGUACCAGCGCAACUUUCUGAGUCCUCUCUUAAGUUUCGUUCUUCUUCUGCGAAAGACAGUUCCUACUUCAUCUCCCUGCAGGCUCCCUCUGGGCUCCUUGACUGCUGGGGUAGAAAGGCGAUGAAAUAAAUAAAAGAGGCUGCUGUACUUGGAGAUAGGAAAAGCACCUGUUGGUCCUGAAUAGAUUUCACAAUAAAAACCAUGCUAGCAUCCUGUCUGAACACAACUGUUGAAUAGGACAGUCAUUGCAAAGUAUCAGGGGAAACCCCUGAGUUUGUCGUCAGCUUCAAUCUCACCAGGAAAUGACAGAUAUUAAACGCGGGACUUUCUACACGGGAAGUAGAUGUCCUCCACCGAGCCAUUUCUCAAGACCUGGAAUAAUGCUCACCACACAAGGUGACUUCAUUCCAUUACACAACGCCUUCUGGGUGUCGAUCAGAUGACAUAACAAGGUUUAGGCCUGGAGGGAAACAUUUCUAUUUUGGGAGAAAGAUCUUGGCACCGUGGUUGAAGAAGUCUUAAGAUACGGCUAGGUUAGAAGACCGAAAUGUUACCUAUUGUGCUCAGGUACAAUUUUAGAUGCCUGCAAAACCAGUUUUUGCCCUGCUGUCCAAAAGGAAGCAACCCGUUAAUUCUGAGAGGAGGAAGACAGUUCUACAUGCUGUUUGUUUUCAAGUUUGGCUUGUAAAUGACUCACAUCAAUUAAAUGUAUCUGUUAAGGCAACUGCAGUUGAGUUACUUACUGGAAUAAACUGUCUGUUUGCAGUA